GUUUUUAUUUUUAGGGUUAGGGUUUUCUCCGACCUCAUCGCUCCUUUCCUUCCGCCGCCUCCAAAGCUUAUAGUGAUCUUGUUUCUUUUUCUGGUUCCAAGAUGAUGCAGCCGGCCGGCGGGAUGGUGCAGCCCCCUCCGAUGGCUCCGUCCCCGAUGGACCAGCAGCCGCCACCGCAGCAGUGGACCGUGAUGCAGCCGACACUGCAGCCGCAGUACUACCAGGCACCCCCGGCGCCGCCGAUGUGGAACCAGCAGCCCACCCAGGUGCCGCCUCCGCUUCCCCAGCCCGUGCCGCAGCAGUCCCAGCCGCAAUACCAGGCCCCUGCGCCGGUGCCACCUCCCCAAAUGCAGUAUCAGGCGCCGGCGCCCGUCCCGGCCAUGGCGCCACAGCCGGCGUCCGCUGAUGAGAUUCGCACGCUUUGGAUUGGAGACUUACCGUACUGGAUGGAAGAGAGCUAUCUCUACAGCUGCUUUGUUCAUACCGGAGAGAUGGUUUCAGUUAAAGUUAUCCGCAAUAAGCAGACCGGGCAGUCAGAGGGUUAUGGUUUUAUUGAGUUUGUAUCACGGGCGGCUGCAGAUCGAAUUCUUCAAACUUAUAAUGGUCAAGUGAUGCCUAACACUGAACAGGCUUUCAGACUGAAUUGGGCAUCAUGUGGAGCUGGUGAGAGACGUGGUGAUGGUGCCGACUAUACAAUUUUUGUUGGGGACUUGGGUGCCGACGUCACUGAUUAUUUGCUGCAAGAGACAUUCAUGACCCGCUACGCAUCGGUAAAGGGUGCCAAAGUUGUCACUGAUCGACUGACUGGGCGAUCUAAAGGUUAUGGUUUCGUUAAGUUUGGUGAUUUAAGUGAACAAACAAGAGCAAUGACUGAGAUGAAUGGAAUUUACUGUUCAACAAGACCGAUGCGGAUUGGUCCAGCUGCUAAUAAGAACACUUUGGGUACCCAACAGCAGUAUCCCACAAAUGCUUCCUAUCAGAAUGCACAAGGUGCUGAGUCUGAGAAUGAUCCAAAUAAUACCACUAUAUUUGUAGGUGGGCUGGAUACAAAUGUUACAGAUGAUCAUUUGCGGCAAGUUUUUAGCACAUAUGGAGAAAUAGUUUAUGUAAAAAUACCUGUGGGCAAGCGUUGUGGGUUUGUGCAAUUUGCUAGCAGGGCCAAUGCUGAGGAGGCUUUGAGGAUGCUAAAUGGGACCCCGUUGGGUGGACAAAACAUCCGACUUUCAUGGGGUCGCAGUCCUGCAAAUAAACAGCCUCAGCAAGAUCCCAACCAGUGGAAUGGGAGCUACUAUGGAUAUGCCCAAAAUUACAAUACAUAUGGAUACACGCCUCCACAAGAUCCUAAUAUGUAUGCUUAUGCAGCAUAUACUGGAUACGGGAACUAUCAGCAGCAGCAGCAGCCGCCGCCGCCACAACACCCACCACCUCAGGUAAGUGCUGUUGGUGAUGCUAAUUUAAUAUGAAGUGCUACUGUUUAU